UGUAAGUGGAUGAUUCGGUUGAGGUCAGAUCGUUAGGCAGCAGACGGGCGGGCGCCUGCGGCCGGUCUUCGUGGCAGCUGGUUUCAAUGCGCUUGCGUGGCUGCUACUUGUAAAGCGCUUGCGUGACAACAUCGAGCGCUCUGCUGGCCCUGGAGGCGGCAGUCCGCGGCCGCAAUAUGGAGCCGCCGCACGAACCCGCGCCCUUCGCGCCCCCCGCAACCGCCGCGCGGCCCCUCGUACGCCCCGACGAGACUGGCGAGGUCGACACCUCCAGGUAUCCAGCUCCGAAGGAUGCGACGCACAAGGUGCGCGGGCGCAGCGACCUGCUGGAAUUGAUGUGCGGCCCCGGCGCCGUCGACCCAGAACUUCUCACCGUCAAGACAUUCUACUUCUUUUUCUACUCCGCAUUCGGCUCCCUCUUCCCCUUAAUGGGAGUCUACUUCAAGCAGAUGGGCAUGAACGCCGGACAAUGCGGUUUGCUCAUCGGGACCCGACCUUUUGUUGAAUUCUUGUCGGCUCCAUUCUGGGGAGGUCUAGCGGAUCGUUGGCAGAAGGGACGCACUUUACUCCUUGCUUCACUUGGCGCUUGGAUUAUCUUCACGCUGCCACUGAGCUGGGUGCAGCCUAGCGCUGUUGCCUGCAUCCACCCGAUCAACAAGACUGACUACCGCCUUGAUACGCCUAGCUACGACGAUGAGUGGACAAAGAACGAGUUUCGCUCCUUCCACAGAUCGGCGGCGGCAGCUCACGUCGGCUCGCCGCUUCCCGUAGAUGACGCUAUCGACUAUGAUCCAAAUAUCAACGGCAACUGGGUCACUCCCCUCCACUCCUUUAUCGUGUACAGUACGCCAGAUAUUCAAAAGACCUUCUUUUUACUUCUGUUAUUGGUGGUUAUUGGCGAAUUCUUUAGUGCUCCUGCAAUUACUCUUGCGGACUCCGCUGUUAUUACCUUGUUAGGAGAGGAUGCAGAUAGAUACGGCCACCAGCGCAUGUUCGGCUCGCUGGGCUGGGGUCUAGCGAUGUUCUUCGUGGGCAUUGCGCUGGACCACAGCACGGCAUUCAGCAAGCACCCAUGCGGCGGCCCGCAGCGCUACGAGAAGAACUACACCAUCUGUUUCGCUACGUUCUCUGUGCUAAUGGGAGCAGCCCUUAUCACUGCAACACAGGUGAAGUUCAAGUACGAGGAGCUGCCGCCAGAACCGAUGGUGACUGCCGCGCCGCAGUCUCCUACUCGCGAGGAGAAGCUGCAGCAGCAGCUAGCGGAACAGCUGCAACUGCCAGGACUCGACACCAGUGCCCCUGCGCGCCCCCAGCCUACACUCGAACAGGCUAAGGUGUUCGCGCAGACGACGCGCGAGAUGCCGGAGUGGGUGACAGUGCUGCGCCAGUUCCAGAACGUAAAAGCAGCCUCUUUCUUACUGGUUGCUUGGUUCAUGGGCUUCGGCAUUGGACUCAUCUUUACAUUCCUCUUUUGGCAUCUGCAGGACAAGGGCGGGUCUCCUACGUUGUUCGGCGUUGCUUCAGUCAUCAACCACAUCUCUGAGAUCUUCGCAUACUUUUUCAGCUUUAAAUUGAUCACUCAAAUGGGACAUGUUAAGGUGUUGUGCCUUGGUCUUGCUGGCAACGUGCUUCGGUUCCUAUACAUAGCAUGGCUGCCGGAUCCGUGGUGGGUGCUGCCUUUCGAGUUCGUGCAGGGUGUGACGCACGCGGCGGUGUGGGCUGCUUGCUGCUCGUAUAUCGCACACGGUGCUCCGCCGCGCCUCCGUUCCUCCGCUCAGGGCGUGCUACAGGGCCUGCAUCACGGCCUCGGCCGCGGCUGCGGUGCCGUGCUCGGCGGCAUCGCAGUUACACGAUGGGGCACUACAAGGACUUUUGCAGGCUACGGGUUGCUGUGUGGGGUGGCGCUGGCGGCGUUCGCUUUCGUGAACUUCCGUGACGGUGGGGAGGCUACGGGCGGAGCAGGUGCGGGCGGCGAGGCAGAGGACGAGGCGCGCGCGCUGGCAGAGGCGGGCGUGCUGGCGCCGCAUGGCGUGCCAUCCAAUCCGUUGCCUCGCGCGCUCUCCUCCACGCGCCUCGCAGACCUCGCCAACCAUGAGUCCUACGGCGCUACACAAAGCUACGCGGGCGCAGACAGCCUGAGUGUGCCGGGCGCCCCGCCUCCACGACCCUCUAAUCCCUUCUUAUCCGAGCAGGCCGCUCCCGCCCCCGGUCCCGCAUACAGAUAAGCGCCCUAGCUGUUCCAGUUAACCAAGUCAACCCUCCAUCUAACCUCAAACCCAAGUUAAAAGCACAAUGUUGCUCUACUAUUAAGUCCAUGUAAACCUGAUACGUUCUUUGAUGUCUUUUUCAAUAUAUAAAGAAUUAUUAUACAACAAAUUAUAUGUCGUAGUAGUGAAAAAAAAAACUAUUGUUAGUAAUUCCGAGAUGUUAUUUGUUGUUGCUUUUGUUGGAUAUUUCAUGUUGAUCUAUCGUCCUAUACUUAUUAGAUGUUAAAGUUUCGUCGACGGAUAUUUGUUACUUGUAAAUAGGCAUUACAAACGCUACUGGAAUCUGCUGACGACAAACACAGAUUAGUUUUUUGAAUAAGUAAAUUUUGGAACACGCAUUCAGUGAAAAUAGUCAUUAGCGCACGACUAAAUCCCACACAAGAUUAAUUUCAUUGUAAAUAACCAACUUCCUACAAUGAAAGUAGGAUUUCAUUGUACAUAUAAAAAUAACACCAAAUUAAAUAGCCGGUAGACCGUUAUGUCAAUUUUAAGGUUAACUAUUUUGUGAAGUUUUCGAUUUUUGUAAAAUAGCAGUAAUAAAAUAGACUACAAAAUAUCUGCCGUGUCACAUUAAAUAGCAAAGAAAUUAUUAAAAUUAUUCAUUAAAUAUUAUAACUCAAAUGAGCCAUGAGAAAUAUUGAGUCAUGAUAUUAUACAAAUGCUCAUUGAGUCGCAAAGUUCGUCGGCAGUUCAUUGAAUGUUGCUAAAUCUUUGUAAUUAAAAAUUAUUUAUAAAUGUAUGUAUGUGAGCUAAUUGACGAUGUCAUAUCAUUGUGUGAUGUGUUAAAUGUAUGGAGAUGGAGUAAAGCGCCUGUUGUCUUAAUAUUUUGAGCAUUAUCUUAAAUGUUGUAUAAUUCUAAACGCUUAUGUGACGAUGCUCAAGGUUACAAGUCUAAUAAUUUAUUGUGGUAAUGCCUGAGUGUAUUUCUUCUUAGAAAUUGUUGAAUGAAUAAUUAAAAUAAAUAAAAUAACAAAAAAAAACAUGCACUAAGUAGUAUCGGUUUCAAAUAAUUUUAAAAAAAUAUGAUUUUAAAUAUUGUCACUCAGUUUCUCAGUUCACGCUCAAAUGAGCGUUGAGAUUAAAAUUUAUGAGCAUCUAUAUGUCACGUGACUAAAUAAAAAUCGGCGCGUUGCUCUAUCCAAUGAUUCUAUAUUUUUGUUGACUAUGUAGUGAAUAUAAAUGAUAGCUAUAUACAUAUGUAUAUGUAUAUAUAGGUUUGUUGUGAUGUACGUUCGCGGGGAGGCACAGUUAUAUAUUUUUGCACGGCGUCCGCGCGCCUGAGCGCCGGCUCUCAACUUCUGAUGUAUUACAAUCAAUGUUGAACUAU